AUGGAGGGCGGAAGUGAGAAUACACAUCUUAUGAUACCACCGGCAGAAGAUGUUGUACGAUCAGUUUUUGAGAGCGGAUCUUCACCUCGAAUGUCACAGAUUCAAAUAACUUCCGUUCUGUCAAUAAUUCGAAAUGCUUUAACUAGAGGCUUAAAUCCUAUUCAAGAGGACUGGAUAUCUUCAUCCUCACCUGCAUAUAAAAAUUCCGAAUUCACAGCUUCAGCAGCUCUGCCAGCAGACACUCGAUUAUACUUUUGGUUCUUGCUUUCCUCUUCCGGAAACAUUGACUAUAUAAGUCCGACAGUCUCUGAUUUGCUUGGUUUCAAGCGGAGGGAUCUCACCUCAUUAUCUGCCUAUACUCUCGUCUCAUUGCGAGACCACCACAUUGUUCUUCCAAUUCUUAAUUCGGGUCCAUCGACAAGUAUGAGUUGUCGAAUGCAUUUUCAAACUGUUAAUAGUGAAGAAAUUCCCUUUGAUGUAACUUUUGCUAAAAUUUCAACGCGACAAGUUAUAAACGAGUCAGAAUCAGAACGAUCAGCCACUCUGUGUGUGGCUCGGUCUCAUUUUGGUAAUCAUGGCCAAGUUUUAAUCCAACUUGAUCCUUCUGCAGUCAUUAUCCAAAUAAACAACAAAUCCGAUACAUGGCUCCCAACGUCAGAGUUGAUUGGGCGGAGGAUUAGUGAAAUAUGUCAUCCAGAACACAUGAAUACUUUAGAAACUCUCUUUCAAGCCGGUUAUGAAAGUUCCUGUCAGAUUUCUCUCUUAUUCGGAGACGUCGAAGCUCAUUGUCUAGUCAGAUUAGUUAAAGGAAAUAAUAAUAAUGUAAAUGAGAAUAAUGAAAGUUCUCUCUCUUUACUGUGUACAGUUACGAGGUUAUCCACCGUGGGUACGAUGAGGCCUAAUCCAGCAGUUGAUACUGCCUUACCUGAAACCCCUAUAACUCAGGCGAGUUUCGUGGAGCCAACACCCAGAGGAUCAAAUCAGAAGGCACCUGCCAAACCGAAAAAACCAAGGAAACCUAGGGCGAAGAAGGCCAAACCAAUUAAAGAGCCUAUAAAGGAUGCUCUAUUGAAGCAAUUACUUGGAACGAAUCGUCCCGCAAAUGAAACAACAGCAGCAACGAGUGCUUCAACAAGUGGAACAGUUACAUCAGAGCCCGAGUUCACAGAGCCGGUUAUGUACCAACAGCAGGGUUCAAGCAUGUCGGCUCAACAGCCCGUGUACCUCAAUAACAAUAACAAUAAUAACAAUAAUAAUAAUAAUAAUAAUAUCGGACCUAUUUCAAACAAUAUGAACGGAUAUCCAGGAAAUCAGUGCUCUUCGUAUAUUCAUCCGAGCUUAUGUGCUCCCCCUGAAUAUCCUAUGGCUAGCCAAGUUCACUCUGCUCCUCCAACUGUUGCCGGUCCACAUCACACACCUUCUAUGAUGCCCACGCCUCCCAACCAAAUGAGUGCCAAUCACUCGGCAGCAUCAACUCCUGUCUCACAACCACAUCAUGGUCAUUGGCCAGAAUUUUAUCACCAAUCACCUGUUCAAACACCAACAACUGCUGUUCAUCAGGUUCAUUUUGCUCAAAAUGCUGCUCCAAGUCAGCCUCCGCCAACAACUACUACUAAAGGGCAGAAACGAAAAGCUUCUGCUCCCGCACCAGCUCCGACAAUGGCUGAGCGUCCCGCAAACCCUAUGAACUAUAAUCACCACCCUCCAGGCUAUAACUAUGGACAGACCAUAUCUGGUAUGGAUAUGAACAUGAUGGAGGAUAUGCACCAUAAUACUAUGAAUAAUCACUUGUCUCCAUACAGAUACUCGCCGUCUGCUUCGUCUCCAUAUUGGACUGCCUCUGGCAGGCCACCUUCUCGAUCAGAAUUAGUUCGAAUGGAACUACGCAAUUCUUUACAAGCAAAACAAAUGGCCAACCAACAACGAUUGCCAGCUUUGACAUCUCCUGUUGAUUCUAACCCCCUGAGUGAAACUCACUCGAAUACUCCAUCGAUCGGAUCGGACUCCCUCGGUUUCGAUAUGGACUUUGGAGUUAAGGAUGCUGACGGAAGCUUGGAUGCUGAUCUUGAUUCUGUUUAUGAUUUCAAUCUUGGUGAUGGCUGUGGAUUCCAGUUUGAUAUGGAAAAUGAUGCUACCCGUUGUUUAGUUAUGAAGCUUCUCAGCUAA